CCGAUUUAUUACAUCUUCUCUAUUUAUUGUAUAUUUUUUCAGGAGAAACAUAGCUGGGCAAGAAUUUGGGGGCAUGUACUGUGUCAUUCUCUGUGUAGAGUCAAUAGUUGUAUCUGCUGGAAUUCUCAGAAUAUUCGGUCAAAAGGUUGCAGAACUUCCUCUGGUAGCUACAAGUAGAGGAAACCGAGGAAAGGGUUAUUUCCAAGCAUUGUAUGCUUGUAUAGAGAGUUUGUUAUGUUCCUUAAAUGUGGAAAAUCUUGUACUACCUGCUGCUGAGGACGCCGAAUCAAUUUGGACUAAUAAAUUAGGCUUUAGAAAGAUGACUGAGGAGCAAUUAUUGAAGUAUACAAAGGAUUUCCAGGUGAUGAAUUUUCUGGGGACUUCAAUGUUAGAGAAGGAGGUUUCCCAAGUUACAGAUUGACUGCUUCACUUAUUAUCAUUUGGAGUUUCAGUCAUGUUUGGAAUUGGAUUUUGUUUUUUAUUUUUUAUUUUUAUUACGCUGCUUUUUUUUUGUUGGCUGCCAUUUUGUUUGUAGGCAGCACAAAUCAUUGUUUUGAGAAAUUGUUGUAAUGAAAGAACGAAUGAAAGAAAAAAGGGGGAGAAAAAGGAUAAAAAAAACUUAUGAGAAGAGAUGCUUGUACAUAAGCCGAGACCGGAGAAACCAAUAUCCGUGCAUGCAGACAUUUUAUCAUGCAUGCAUUCUAUGCCCUUUGGGAUUUAAUUGUUGUAUUGUCUU